UGUGAGGUUAUCACAGCUCUUUGAGUCAUUAACGCGCCUAUCAGUGAGUUUCUGAAGAGCAGACCCAACCAUUCAAAAACAGUCGAGAUUUAGCAGCGGAGUGAGAAGUGUGUACAAAGUGAAAUGCAAACGAGUUGAAACCGAAAUUUUUCUCAUAAAAAAGAAUUAACAAAUAUAAUAAUUUUUAAGCUGUCCAAAUAACCGUUAGACAAAGUUGUAAAAGUAAACUUCAAAUUCACACCAUUCGCGUCGCGCAUCAUCAACAGCGAUCGAUGUUUCCUUCGGCCAAUGCCCGUUGCAACUCCGAGGACUCACUCAUCAGCUGGUCCAAUCGAAAUGCUGUGGCUCAGCGUAGCAAGAGCGUGCCGCGUAUGUACGGCUGUGUGGACACUUUGGCGGCGAGCACCAGUGCCUCAUCUCAAAUAAGUAAUCCGCUCAAUAAUUUUACUCCACACACGAAUUGUCCGCAUAGUAUUGCAUGUGCAGUCGCUGGCGGCACAGCGGGCAGAAGAGAAAACGAUGCUUUAUCAGCGGUGCAUGUGCAGCAGCAUUUAAGACAAAAUAGUGACGGAAAUACGGGUAACAACAACAACAACCAUAGUGGUCAUAUUUCAUAUCGUCAGCAUUCCCAUCAGCAUCAUGUGGGCUCACCGAACCGUUAUAGCUACAGUGGUGGCGGUGUUGGUGCGGCGGGUGUUGGCAGUAGCGCUGGCGCUCUUUUGCGGCUAUCAACAAAUCGGCUAGAUCCAUUCUCGGCACCAACAACAACAGUGGGUUCAUCGCUGCUCGGUGAUAGCAUGACUGAGAUUGUUGUAGAAGACUUACGGCAUUCACAUGAGCCAACUUCUGAGCUGCUCGACUAUUGCAAACGCAAGUUUCUGCGCCCAUUUAUUUUAGUUCUAUCGCUUGUCGGUGUAAAUCCCAUACCAACAGACACAUCGAAAGUACUUUGUUGCUUAAACUAUACACAGGCUUUGCUGGUCUUGCUGAUACUAUUGUUUGGAUAUUUUUUACAGUAUUUAUGUUCAUAUCGCGGCGAUCGCGGUUUCAUUGCGCACGAUCAAGACCUCACAAACGAUCCCAGCUCCAAUGCCACCUACACCGUCGGUCAACUACUGUUCGGCCACAUUUUUCCCAACGCGCUAAAUCUGUCCAGUUUCAUAUCGGCUGUAAUUGUUUUCAAAAUACUCGAUCAAGAGCAAUUACAGAAUCUGAUCGAACGUGUGUUUCUCACUACCUUGGAACCGCGUCGCUUGUGUAAAUUACUCUGGUCAUAUUUGUUAUGUGGCGUGGUGUUGUUGGCCUUCCUCUUCGCUUAUACAAUUCCGUCGGUGCUUUUGCAGUCGCGCAUCAUACAAGUGAAAUGGUUUACUGGCAUACUGGCGGACUGGGAGCUGGCGACUAAGAUUGUCUUGAUCAUCACGCUUUUUGUGCAGGACUUGGUGGAAGUGAUAAUACUCGCCAACUAUUGCAUCCAGUGUUAUUUGCUUCGUGUACACAUUUCUGCGUUGUCACAUAAACUUUUGAUGCAUUCCAUUGAGACCACCGAUUGGAUGCGGGAGGUACUGGAAUUUCACAAGUUAUUGGAGCAUCUCAAUCGUCAUGCUGCUGUGCCUGUGUGUUUUUUAACCGUUAUGAAUUUAGCAUAUGCAUUUGCUGGUCUAAUAUAUAUUUUCAACGAUUUGGAUUUUCAUUAUUCGGCUUUGGAAAUAGUACUUUUGAAUAUUUUCAACGUUUUACUUUGGCUUCUACUGGGUGUCAUACCAUUUGUGUUGGCCGCUUCGGUAACGCAUGCGUGCCAAAAGGCGCAGGCUAACGGUCAUCAUAUACGUGCACGUCCUUUUGUUUAUCACAGCACGUCAACGGAUGAUUUGAACUCUACACUGUUGUUUUCGUCGUCCUUACAAAUGUCAGCGAAAAUUUUUAAAAUGCCCAUUCAACCCAAUUAUCUUUGUUGUGCGUUAUUGUCCAUUUCGAUACUGGUUUUAACACUGGGAAUGUGUCUUAACCCUUCCAUUAUAGGUAUUUUUUAACAGUAUAUA